AUGAUGAUUGAGGGUAGAUUGUCUGACAAUGAAUUGGUUAGGAGGAUUUGUGAAAGAGUUAGGUGGGACAGAGAGAUAAAGAAAUUGAACAUGUCACUAUUGUUUGAUAGUACCGAUAACGGGUCCAGGCGUUACGCUACAAUCAAGGAUGAACCAUCAUUAGAAGUCUUGUAUUUUCUUUUUGGAAGUGCAUGGUUGGAUUUGUAUGUGCAUACAGAGGAUUUACUCACUCUAAGAGGGCAUGGAACCCGACAAGCAAUACACAUGAUAGUGGUUAACGCCGAAUUGGGACGUGUACUUCUCGGUCCAAUGAUGAAGCCUGUCGGGACUAGUCGAGAUGGGUCGUUGUUUCAAAAUCCGGCUAAUGGGGAUUGUAUGGAAGACCACAGUGAUCCGGGCUACGAGGACCCAGCUAAUGAGGAUUAUAUAUAUUACACUGGUUCGAAUGAUUCGGACUACACAUUAGGGAGUGGUGAAAGCGAGGAAGGGCAUUCAGUAUCUUCAGAAAGUGAUGAUGGCAGUUAUGAAUCCGAGGAGUUUGAAGAAGAAGAAUUAGUAACUUCUAUACUAGAACAGCACAUAUAUAGCGAAAUCGGCAAAUGGGAUCCAUCCAGUGUUGACAGAGAUCAAUUCAGCCUUCCUAAGUGGGAUGAGACACCCGAUUCCAUAAAGUUAGACACUUCUAUUAUGAAACGAUUAGUUUCUAAUCCAACCAAAUUCGGAUUUCAGAAAUCUAUUUUGUGGUAA